GAGAACAUUUGGAACCCUCUUCUCGUAGCAAGGCUCCAAGUGGUGCAUAGUUCGCAGCAGUAUAUUUUAUUAAAAUUCUAUCCAUCGCUGACGAGAUUUGUGUUGAAGUGCAUAGGCUUGUGUAGAGGAUGAGACGGGGAGGGGGGCAUUACGGCGGCGCCGGAGAUUCCACCGCCAAUAACGCAUAUUCCCAGAUUCAACAUCACCCCCAACACGCCAGGUCUGAAGAACAUCAGCAGCAACAGCAGCAAUGGAGAUGGGAACGAGAGAGCCCCAAACUGCCCACCAACGCUAUGUCUCCCCACAUGUUCUCUGAAGGUCAGGGAGCCGAAGCAUCAAGAUCCUAUUAUCAGGGCCAGAGGACAGAUCCAAGGAUGCCAUUAGAGAACCAAGGUGGCAAAGAUCACGGAUCUCAGCCAAUAGAAGAAGAUAUGGAUAUUGGUUAUGAAGAUAAUCCCAUGCCACAGUCUCUGGAGGGCCUUGAACAGAAGUUCCUCGAUGACAUCAUGAAGCUGAGCAAGGAACAAAAUGACGCAGAGGAUGCCGAAAAUGCUAGGCAUAGGGAGCGAAUAAAUGCAAUCAAUGCUCAGUACCAAGAGCAGCUAGUAGCCCUAAGAGCCCGGCAUGCGAGUCGCAGAGAGGAUGUUCUUCGCCGGGAAUCCCAUGCGAGGCGACAGCAGUACCAACAGGUUGCAUUGGAUAACCAUCCAAACACUAAUGCAGGAGGCCCUAUUGAUCCUCGUGGAUACGCUGCACCAACUCCCGUGCCUGGGGAGCGACAACGAGCCUAUAAUGCCAAUAAUUAUGAUUCGUACAGAGACCGAAACCGGUUUGUUGGAAGCGGAAGAGAUCAAGGGUAUGAACCUAGAGCUCAGUACCCCGGGGGCCGUGGUUACGACCCCGGGUCGGGGUCGCGCUACUACUGAUGUAUCUGUGUUGGCAGUGCCUGAAAUUUUGUCCAUUAUGCCCCUUAAAAAAAUGCUUAAUUAUAGUGAAUCAUACUCCAGUCAUGUAUUUUGGUUUCCCAGAUUGUGAUGGAGUGGACCUUGACCUUUUAAGUAGUUUCCCUGGUUCAGAGCUUCUUGCACUUCAA